CGAUGGCAAACCCUCUUUUAACGGUCACUUCCCUGCUGCACCAGCUUCUACCCCUUGCAUAUAUAUAUACUUGCCAUCCCAUUUUCGUUUCAACAAAUCAGUCACAAUCUCAACAAAAAAAAAGAGUUGUAUUUCGAUCUUCAAAAUCCAGCUUCUCAUUACAGCAAAUCAUCAGUUUUCUCAAAUGGGUCUCAUUAACAAUCACAAAUCUUGUCCAGUGACUGAAUCCCACCACUCAACGCAUAUAUUCUUCACCAUAUGCAACUACAUUCUCUUGUGUGCAGCCUCUAGUUGCAUAUUCCUCACUCUUUCUCUCCGUUUAUUCCCUUCCCUCUGCGGCUUCUUUGUCGUUCUCCUCCACAUGUUCACCAUCAUUUCAGCUGUAUCUGGCUGUUCUGUGGCCUUAUCUGGAUCCAACAAAUGGUAUGCAGCUCACAUGAUCAGCACCUCUCUAACAGCAAUAUUUCAAGGAUCAGUUUCGAUCCUUAUCUUUACACAGACUGGUGAUUUCUUGGGGUACUUGAAGUCUUACGUGAGAGAGGAAGAUGGUGCUGUUAUCUUAAAGUUGGCUGGUGGGCUUUGUUUGCUGAUCUUUUGCUUGGAAUGGGUUGUGUUGGUUCUUGCUUUCUUGUUGAGGUACUAUGCUUUUGCAGAAGGAAAUGGGAGUGGCGCUGGUUCUUUUGAUAGAAAUGGAAAAGUUCAAGAAGAGGAGUUGAAAAACUGGCCUUGGCCUUUGCAAUUUUAGAGAUUCGCUUACUUUUAAUUUUUUUCAAUUUGAUUUGUACUUGUCAUGUUCUUACAGUGGAAGUUCGUUUUUUAAGCAGAAA